AUGUUCAAGACUUUAUUGUUCGUGGCUGCGGCCGCAGUGUUGGCGUCAGCCCAUGAUGAUGCACCAGAAAUAAAGCAAGCUAUCGCCAAGUUUGAUGGCAACGGUGUGGCUGGCUUGGUGAAGUUCGUCCGUUUAGAUGAUGGCAGGAUCCACGUGACUGGCAAGGUGACGGGCAUGCCUACUGGCAUGUACGGUUUCCACGUCCAUGAGACCGGAGACUUGUCCAACGGCUGCCUUUCCACUGGUGGACAUUUCAACCCCAACGGACAUGACCACGGACAUCCACAUGACGAGAUCCGCCACGUCGGAGACCUCGGAAACGUUGAGUUUGACAACACGAAGACCGCCAACAUCGACUUCAUAGACCCUCAGAUCAAGCUGAACGGUCGCCACAACAUCAUCGGCAGGGCUCUGGUCCUCCACGCGGGUACUGAUGACUACGGCAGGACUGAUCAUCCUGACUCCAAGAAGACUGGCAACGCUGGUGGACGUGUCGUCUGCGGAAUUAUCGGAAUUUUGACUGAGGAACCCCAGAAGGCUAAUUCAGCUGCAAUUUCCACCAGCAGUUUAUUAACAGCUAUAUCUGUUUAUUCUUUCAUUGCAUUUGUAUUACACUGA